CCCAGGGACCACCGGUGAUGGAAACGUCGGCAGCAAAUCGACAAUGUUUUUAACAAUGUGUCCUCUGUUUGGGAAGCCGGUGAGGAUGUGUGUUCGUCGGCCACAGACCCCCGGACAGCCCCCAGCCUGCCGCCGGUCCAGUGUGUCAGAUUCACCAAAUGACCCAACACAUCUGCACGCAUCCAUUUUAUGAGGCAGGUAUCUGUGUCAGACCUGUUCAGUUAAAGCAGCAUCAUUAAGGAGGACCAUGGCAUCUGCACGCUUCCCUGGAAAGACUUCAGACGGGGCUGCUCUGAAUUGGACUGGUCCAGCCCUGGGUAGACCCCUGUGUAUUAAUGGGACACCGUGGAUCCUGUACCUGCUGGAGGAGUGUGUGGAUAAUGUGUGGGAGUACUGCAGCGUGGUGAUAGGACUCAUAUCCAUGUUCUGUUUCCUGCUGUCCACUCUGCCUCAGGUAUAUGUGGCCUAUCGGAAUGGCAAAGUGGAGGAGGCCAUGUCUUUUGGCUUCCUCUUCUUCCUCUUCAGUGGAGAUGUGACCAGCUUUGCGGGCUGCUACCUCACAAACCAGCUUCCUAUUCAGGUUAUCACAGUGAUUUUCUACAUCUUCACAGACUUGAUCCUUAUCUCACAGUUUCUCUACUAUAAGAUCAAGAACAACUCCAGCAGAAAGAGUCCUAUGCUGAAGUGGUUGUGCUUCGUGUGGUGUGGUGCUGCGACACUAGUCCUCCUCACUCUGCCCAAACUCAUCAUAGACGACAGCACGACCAUAGACACCCAGAGUCCAUCUACCUCUAAAUCAGUGAAGAUUACUGGCUACAUAUGUGGGUAUCUGGCAUCUGUCUUCUACCUCUCCUCUCGCUUUCCACAGCUCUACAAAAAUUUCCAGCGACAGUCCACAGAGGGAACCUCUUACCUGUUGUUUGCCCUCGCCAUGAUGGGAAAUGGUACAUACGGCCUUAGCGUCGUAGUGGUCCUACCUGCACUGAGGGGUUCCAAACAGACCUUCAUCAUCAACCAUCUGGCCUGGCUCAUCGGCAGCCUGGGAGUCCUCAUACUCGACCUGUUUGUCACUGCUCAGUUCAUCAUCUACAGGAAGAACAACUCAGCGAUAAGCAGCACACUAACCAGCGUCCCAGAGGUGGAGCCUCUUCUGUGUGAGGAUGAGGAACAGUCGAUGUUGUAAUAGACACCGGAGUGGACCAUUUAACCAAACACCAAAAGUCUCCAGUUUUCUGAUUGAUUUUACUGCAGAAACUGAGAAAAUGGAAGUAGCAGGUUACCAUAAUGCAUUUUACUUCAAUCUUAGCGUAAUUUCCGACAUCUAACAGGUCAAACACUGAGUCAUAAUUUAAUUUAAAGGGUUAUUAAGAAACAUUUCUCACUGUUUCUCCGUGACAAAGCCUGUCAGCAGCUCUAAAACAUAUUACCAAUCAGCUGUGAUUGAUUAUCCUGCUGGGAUGCCUUGGUUUGGUUUUGGAUGGAAGUGCAGUAUUUUUAUUUGCCGUUAGGGAGUAUCCACAUGCAGGGGAGGUAGCUUUAAUCCAGAUGUCUUUUCACAAAUGCAAGCUUUUAGAAAUGAAACCCUGGCCUGCUUUUGCUACACAGUUAACCUGACUGAGUGGUGUGGUGUGAAGGUUCUGCAUAGGGAACCACUGCAGCCUCUAAAAGGGAGGAAACCUGUUUUCUUCUUCUUUGAACCAGAAGAAAUAUUUGAUUUGUGCCUUUUCUAAACUAAAAAAGGUUAAUUUGCACUGUUUAAUAUUGCCCAGGACAAAAUAAAAGUAUUUUUAUUUAAUAUUUUAGCUGUCGGCACAUUUAAGACAUCUUUAUUCAACAGCUUUUUCCUGUUCCUUCAUCAUUAUCAGCUGGUUUGUAACAUCUGUAUGACAUUCAACAAUGUCUGUUAGAGAGGACAAAGGUUUUUCAGGCUGAUUUAAUUAUAAGACUGUUCGUAGGAUGUUUUUGAAGCGUUUUUCCAAGAAUUCAGGUUCCCUUAGGUUGAGUUGCAUCUGUUUGAUGUAUUUCUGUUUUUCCAUUUGACUUAAAGUGGAUAGGAUGCUCUUAUUAAAACUGAUUUAUUUUUUUAACACUUUGUACCUUUUAGCAUCUGAGAAAAAACAUUUAAUACUUUGAUAUUUAAUAGAAGAGCUUAGAAUGAGCUGCUUGCCUCUUUUGUGCCAAAUUUUGUUGAUGUGCAUUAUUAUUUUUUCUUAGUAUUUUGUCAGUUUGAAACUUGUUCAGCGCUGUAUUUGCAGACAUCUGCAGAUCACUCUACCUCAUUAUAGUUUGUGCACAUUUAUUCAUUCAGAUAUAAGUGAAAAGCUGGUUUGUUAUUGGGUCAAAAAUACAUUUUCAUUCAAGCAAGUGAAUGGAAUACACUGGACUUUUCAAUAUGUGAGUAUUGAUAGUAAACCUAAAUUAUUUGUGACUGGUAAAAAUAGUAAUGUUUAAAACACAAAACUGAUAAUGCUUAGGCUAUAUUCACACCGCAGGUUUUAAUGCUCAAUUCUGUUUUUUUGCUGAAAUCUUUUUUUAGUGUGGUUCACAUUAUAAUUUAAAUGUGACUGCCAUCACUCGCAUGAACAGUCUAUGGUCCUGAAGUGACCCACAUCCACAGAAGAAGGUGCAGCACACUGUGUUUACUGAAGUCAGUAUGGAUGUUUCCUGGUUCUGCCUCCUCCAGUGUAGAAUUAUGGCGUCUGUCGCAUUUCAGUGAUGUAAAAGUCGGAUGAAAUAUGACAUGACCGCUCAGACUGAAGUCACAUUACUAAACAUCAGAUAUAUUUCUGAUUAUGGACCAAAUAAGAAAAUGGCCUGAGUCUGAUUUAUUUAAAAAAAAUGGAUUUGUGCUGUUCAGACUAUCAUAAAAAAAAAUCUGAUAUGGACAAAAAUCAGAUUUGAGCCACUUUUGCCUUCAGUGUGAACACAGCCUCAAUCAUAAUUUGCACAAUAACAGGCUGUCUUUCCUUUUUUUUUGUUAGUCAAGUGAUGCAAUAAUGUGAUAUUUUAGACAUGGAUGAAUUUAAUAUGUGACUUAAUUUACUUAAAAAUAAAUAGAACAGUGAAUAUAUGCAGUUAGAAUAGCAUUUUCUUCAAGAAUUGUUUUUUUUGUUUUUUUAAUAAAUGAUUUUUACAAUGUAAAAUCGAUAUUUUGAUCUUUUAGUAAUUCCUUUUUAAUUGAGGCGUAUAUAUUUCAAGAUUAGCCCAAAAGAUGUUCAGCUGUAUUGUAUAUAUUUUAGAACAUGUAACUGUAGUAUUUAUAGAUUUGUAGUUUUUUUACAUUGAAUUGUCCAGCUGAGUUGUUAAGAUUUAUUUAUUCUCUUAGAAAAAUAUUUGAAUAUUUACUUUUUUAUUGGAGAUGUUUGUAAUCAUGCAUGAGCUGUUCUACUUUAAUUCUAUGGUCUAUGCAUACACUAUGUCAACUGUCUUAUAUUGUCACUGUAUGUAAAACACAUAAAAAACUGUAUAAUUUGUAAAUCUGAAUAAACUGCGCAAUUCUGCAGCAUCAGGA